UCGACAUUGUUGGCGGGGUUCACCCAUAAUGCUGAGGUAUAAAAGCAUGAUUAACAAGCCACGCUGCCCAGAGCCACCUAGAAGCUGAAGUCAUUCAAAAUCCCUACGAGGCUAAAGGAUGAGGUGUCAGGAAUGCUAUUUGCAUCAUUCUUGUUAGUAUUGCAAUAGCGGGUCUCCGUUUUUUUGUGCUGCGGUAGUAGCUGGUGCUCUUUUGCCUCUGUCUGGUGGACCUUUAAUCUUUGGGGUCUAGAAACGUUGCCCCCUCUCAGAUCUUGGUGACGCUCAACCUUGAGCUUAAGCAAACAAAAGAAACAGGCGGCUGAGUUGCCUUGUCGGUUUCAAAGACCAGGUGGCUGAACGGGUUACAGGAAAGGAACAGGUUCCAGUCUCUCCUUUACAGCAAGGAAACCUCUUUCUUGCUCAGAGAAUUUUGAAGGCUACCACCAUCAGUGAUGAAGAAGAAAAUGUUUGAGACCUCGAGACUGGUGGAGCAGAUCCUAUCUGAAUUCCAGCUACGGGAAGAGGAUUUGAAGGAGGUGAUGCGUCGGAUGCAGAAGGAAAUGGACCGAGGCUUAAAACUAGAGACGCACAAGGAAGCCUCAGUGAAAAUGCUGCCCACAUAUGUGCGGACCACACCAGAAGGAUCAGAAGUUGGAGAUUUUCUAUCUUUGGAUCUUGGCGGGACCAAUUUCCGAGUGAUGCUGGUCAAAGUGGGAGAUGCUGAGGAAGGGCAAUGGAAGGUGAAGACAAAACAUCAGAUGUACUCCAUUCCAGAGGAUGCCAGGACAGGAACCGCUGAAAUGCUCUUUGAUUAUAUUUCGGAAUGCAUCUCUGACUUCCUGGACAAACAUCAAAUGAAGCACAAAAAGCUGCCUCUGGGCUUUACAUUUUCCUUUCCUGUUCGACAUGAAGACAUUGACAAGGGCAUUUUGCUGAAUUGGACGAAAGGCUUCAAAGCAUCUGGAGCUGAAGGGAACAACAUUGUGGGGCUUUUGAGAGAUGCUAUCAAGCGAAGAGGGGAUUUUGAGAUGGAUGUAGUUGCAAUGGUCAAUGACACAGUAGCAACGAUGAUCUCCUGCUAUUAUGAGGAUCACAGGUGCGAAGUUGGCAUGAUUGUGGGCACGGGCUGCAAUGCUUGCUACAUGGAGGAGAUGGAGAACGUGGAGCUGGUAGAAGGAAACGAGGGACGGAUGUGUGUGAACACCGAAUGGGGGGCUUUCGGGGAAUCGGGAGAAUUGGACGAAUUCCUCUUGGAGUACGAUCGUGUGGUGGACGAAACCUCACUUAACCCCGGUCAGCAGCUGUUUGAGAAGAUCAUAGGUGGGAAGUACAUAGGGGAGAUUGUACGACUAGUGCUGCUAAAACUGGUCAAUGAAAACCUACUCUUCAGUGGAGAAGCUUCAGAAAAGCUGAAGACCAGGGGGUCGUUUGAAAGUCGUUUUAUCUCACAGAUUGAAAGUGAUGCUGGUGACUGCAAGCAGAUUUACAAUAUUCUAACCUCUUUUGAGCUGUUGCCUUCUGCAAUGGACUGUGACAUUGUUCGGAUGGCCUGUGAGAGUGUUUCCACAAGGGCUGCCCAGAUGUGCUCAGCUGGGCUGGCUGGUGUUAUCAAUCGCAUGAGGGACAGCAGAAACGAGGAGACGCUGAAGAUUACAGUGGGGGUUGAUGGAUCAGUCUACAAGCACCAUCCUAGUUUCAAAGAGCGUUUCCAUGCAUCGGUCAGGCAGCUCACUCCAGGCUGUGACAUCUCCUUCUUGCAGUCAGAAGAAGGCAGUGGCCGAGGAGCUGCUCUCAUCUCUGCUGUAGCGUGCAAAAUGGCUUGCAUGAUUGGCCAAUGAGAUGGACCAUGAAAGGAAGGCUACCUUCUAGGAAAGCACCUCUUUUUCUCAGUGAUGCAGGAAGUGUUGUUUUGGAGGGCCCAGGAGCCGGACCAGUAGGAGGACAUUUUUCCUGGGCAGUUGAAUGACCACUAGACGGAACAACGGCUGGAUCAACACUGGGUUCCUCCUAACGUCUAUUUGUAGAGAAUGCAAUAAUUCUUUCAAACUUCAGCUUCUCCUUUUUCUUCAAAUUCUCCUCUAAUGCUUGAUGAAGGGAGGGGGAUGAUAGCUUAGGGCAGUGAUGGUGAACCUUUUAGAGACCGAGUGCCCAGACUGCAAUCCAAAACCCACUUAUGUAUUGUCGGGUGCUGGGUGGGUGUG